AACCUAUCCCUGUGCUGGACAGAAUUUGACCCACUUCACUCAGUAACAAAAUGUCCUGUCUCUAAAGUGCCCAUUAUUGACAACAGCGGGUCAGCCAAAGUGAUAGUGCUUUACCACCAGCCCCAAAGCUGCCCAGGCCCCCUAUUCUAACCUUUACUGUUUUCAUUUACACAAAUAGUAUUGUUAGUAACUGAACCUGGAACCUGGGACUUAUUUCUUUGAAGCAUAUAAUUACGUUUGACAACAAACUCCCAAAGUCUAGUAAAUAUGGUCAUUGUCCUUUUAUUCCUUUUUGGAGCCAGAUUUCAUUUUAUUCUUGAAUUUAAAAACCAUCAGCUUUAUAAUUUAUUGUGCAAUGACUGGCAACACAAACAAAAACAUGCUAAUAAUAAAAUGAAACAUAUUUAAUAUUUUGAAUUCUCUUUCUUUAAUUUGGCUUUAGUUUUCUUGCCCUGACAGUUUUCUUACUUGACAGUCUUGCCCUGGAGGUUUUUUGUUUGUUUACUUGCAGAGGUGACUGUUUGUUUUUUUUUUUUUCCUCUCUCUGGACAUGUCAGUUUGUGGUACUGAAUGUCUGAGAGGACCAUAGAAUUUGUGCCAUUAUUUCUGUAUAUUAGAAUCUCUUCACACAGCAAACUCUUCAACUACAGAAUGAUCACUGACCAUUCCUAAAUCUGUGUAUAUGUUUGGGGGAAAAAAUCUGUUCUGCAACCAUCACUUCUUUUUAUUCUAGUCUCUUAAGCUAAUUUCAAUUUCUUCCUCCUUAGAGAUGUUAGAAAUGUAUGGAUAUGAUACAUCAUUUUAGUUUGGUUCUGCUGAAAUGUUUAUGUUAAAACAGAAAGAAAUGUUUGUAGUAACACAAUAUGAAUGUGUAGGACAGGAGUGAGCAAACUGUGACCCUUGGGCCAAAUGUAGCCAGCAGACAGUGUACAGAGGUUUUUACAUUUUUAAAGGGUAGUGGGUUGGGGGAAAAACCAAAGAAUAUGGAACAGAGACUAUACGUGUCCCACAAAAUUUAAAGUAUUUACUAUCUGGCCCUUUACAGAAAAGUUUGCAGAUCUGCAGCUUGGGCUGGCAUCAUGUGUUCAGGUUUAAAGCCUUAACAUUUAGAGCAGCUGGUAUCUCUUUGAACUUUAGGCUUGGACUCUUAUGGACUACUGCCUGCUGUACCAGGGUAAAUUAUACUCUAUUCUAGUGUACUAUUUAGUUGACUAGAUGUUAGUACUAUUUAUAUAAUCUAGUGGUUUCCAAUUCUGGCUGCAUUUUAAAAUCAUCUGGAGAGCUUUAAAAAUACUGUUGCCUAGGUGCCUACCCCAGAGAUCCUGAUUUCAGGAUCUGAAGGAGAACCUGGGCAUAGGUGUUUUCCUACAUUAUUUUCAGAAAGAUUGAUUCUAAUGUUCAAGCAGGUCUGAGAACCACAGGCCUAAACCACUUAAUGGUCUAUUCAUAGAUUAACAACUAGACCAUAUUCUUAGGCAGUUUUUAUUCACAUUGUUCAUUAGAAAUAUAAUAAAGAUGAAUUAUACAAAUUGCUCUUUAAUUUCAAAACAGAAGUGUUGCUCAGGGAAAUUUUAGCUGAGACAACUUUGAAAUGUGAGGAGCAUAUGAAACAGAUAAUGCAGAGCCCAGAGAAAUAGAAUUUAAAAGAUAGGAACUGAAAGGAACAUGCCGGAAAAAAAAGAAAAGAAAAGAAAAAAACCACUCAGAAUCUCAAUACACAAAUCACUGAGUAGAUUUCUUGCUGUCUGGGUAAGUGUAUCUAUUUUCAAAAGUGCUAUUAACAUAAACAGAGCAGUAAAUCUGGGGCACCAUACUUUUUUUUUUUUUUUUUAAGUUGUUAAGAAGAAUUAUAUCAGUCUGCAGGUGUCACACGCAGUUACUCAGAAUCAGAAAGAAGGCUGAUCGGGGGUUAGAAGAUCUCCAUCUAUCUAUCUUUUUGCAACCAACCACGUCCAGGCUGUUUAUUUAAUACUUCCUCUUGCUAAUGAAGAUACUCGUUGGGGAUGGGUCGGGCUUUCCCAUCUCAGCAUAAGACUGCAAGAUUUGAACGUGCCCUGGUGCUGGCUUCACUGACCACAGCAGGUACCCCAGGCAAGAAUCUGAGCAGUAAUAACAGCAAGUGCGGAGGCAAGACACAUCAAAGCAGAGAUGGGAAGUGAAAGAGCUCUCGUUCUGGACAGAUUAGCAAGCAAUGUGGCAAAACGAAAAAGCUCAAUGCCUCAGAAAUUCAUUGGUGAGAAGCGCCACUGCUUUGACGUCAACUAUAAUCCUAGCUAUAUGUACGAGAAAGAGAGUGAGAUAAUCCAGACCCGGAUGAUGGACCAAGCCAUCAAUAAUGCCAUCAGCUACCUUGGUGCCGAAGCCCUGCGCCCCUUGGUCCAGACCCCACCUGCUCCCACCUCAGAGAUGGUUCCAGUUAUUAGCAGUAUGUAUCCCAUAGCCCUCACCCGUGCCGAAAUGCCAAAUGGUGCCCCCCAAGACCUAGAAAAGAAGAAUAUCCACCUGCCAGAGAAGAGCUUGCCCUCUGAAAGAGGCCUCUCCCCCAACAAUAGUGGCCAUGACUCCACGGACACGGACAGCAACCACGAAGAACGCCAGAAUCACAUCUACCAGCAAAAUCACAUGGUUCCCCCUAGGGCCCGCAAUGGGAUACCACUUCUGAAGGAGGUCCCCCGCUCUUAUGAACUCCUCAAGCCCCCACCCAUCUGUCCGAGAGACUCCAUCAAAGUGAUCAGCAAAGAAGGGGAGGUGAUGGAUGUGUAUCGGUGUGACCACUGUCGAGUCCUCUUCCUGGAUUACGUGAUGUUCACUAUUCACAUGGGUUGCCACGGCUUUCGUGACCCUUUUGAGUGUAACAUGUGCGGAUAUCGAAGCCAUGAUCGGUAUGAGUUCUCGUCUCACAUAGCCAGAGGAGAGCACAGAGCCAUGCUAAAGUGAACAUCUGGUCCCAGAGAUGAUUUAUGCCUGAGCAUUCGACAUCAUUUGUAGAAACUGACACCCCGCCUAACAAGUUAUUCUCCAAACAAACUCAAUUCCAAACCCCUUUCCAUACCACUUUUAGUGUCCAAAGGGUCAAGUUCACAUGGACAACAGAGAAAUGCUGUCUUCAUUCAGAAAUUGUUUGCAGAUAUAUCAUGUUAUCAUUCUUGUGAGACCUUUGUUUUCUCAUCGGGGACUUGAGUUUUUAUGACAUUUAAAAGCCAAUGAAGUAUUUGGUCAUUACCUUUUGCAGCAAUAGAACAAGCAGUCCUUGGAGUUUGUUGCCAGUCAAAAGAGUCCCCCAGCUGUGCUGCAUGAGACGUUCUUUCUGAGAUACAAUGUCAUACGUGGAAAAGUCAUUCACCCAGGUCCACAAGAAGAGCUCACCAGCUAACCUCGGUGGAAAGACAUGCCCUUCUGCACUUAACAGAGGCUGAAAGUCUAGGAUAUAAUCUCCUCGUCCCUAAUUAGAGUCUAAUAGUAAGGAAAAGAACAGUGAUAAAAUAAGUAUCUGUUACCAGUUACUGAAGACCCCAGUUUCCAAGCAGCAGACCCAUUUCUUAUCACACAAGGAAAAAAAAAAUCAAGUUAUUCGAUGAUACUUCUGCUUCUACCCUCCCAUACCAAUUAAAAAGCUGCUUUGGGUUAAACCAGUCCUGUAUAAGGGAAAUUCUAUACCAGAAGAACUAAUGGUUUUAAACAUAGACUAUCAUUGAAACUUCACGAAGUUGUCUGUUAAGGCAUCCAUUUCCGGGGGUCGAGAUUGGCAGAACUGGACUCUGAGGGGGAAAUAGUUUAGCAGCACCCCAGGAGGAGGGGUGCAGCUAUGCGAACGUUCUUGGUCUCCUUCAUGGAGCAUUAGUAUACAGACCUAAGGCAAACUUGCCGAUGAUUUUUUUUUUUUUUUUUACAGAAAACAGACAAUCCAAAAAGCAUGACUUAGUCUCCCCUUCCCCACAGGAGAGGAAUCAGGGACAGAUAUCAUGAGUGUUGUUUCGGUCAGUGUUAAGCUUCCUGAAGAAGUGAAGAGAGGCGUACCUCUGCUGACAGGUUCUCCUUCAUCAAGGCGGAUAGGGUUUUCUCCCUGUUUUAAGCUGCUCUAUGCCAGGAAGAUUCCUGAAAGUCUGCUCUUGGUUCUGCAGAUCUAUUGGCCAGCUUUGUCAUUAAUUAUGAUAGAUAUGCUAUCAAGGAAAAAGUGCAGGGAUAAUUGUAAAAUUAGUACUGCAGUAGAGGUCCCAAAAUCUGUUUGCAAAUUCCAUAGUGGCUGCUAAUUAGCUAUAUGACUUUGGGCAAAUCACUAAACUCUUAAAACUAAGUUUCUUCAACAAUAAAGAAUUGGGCUUAGACGCUCUCUAAGGUCCCUUCCAGCUUUAACUUUAUGUGAUUAUGCUGUAACCCCAGUUAUCUUUUAAGCCUUUUCAUGUAUGGGUAUUAAGCAGGAGAAUAUGUAUAUGAAUACCUGUUUCACAUUUCUUUGGUGUGAAAAUGGUGGUGUUAAAUUUUUCCUUUAACUACUGAGUUGUGAAUGUGAAGAGGAUGGUGGGGAGGAACAAAAAACAGGAAGGUAUUUUGAUCUUGCCCCAAAGUGUACACACAAAGUGGCACCUGCCACUGCUUUGCCAAAGCCUUUUUUUUUUUUUUUUUUUUUAAGAACUCGUGUUAGAAUAAAUUCUGCUUCCAGGGACAACUUCAUGGAAUCUAUUUACAAAUUGAGAGUAGUUUUGUGCACACUUCUACCAGAGUCAAGAAUCCCCAAUUCCUGUUAGAUUUGCAUUUUACAUAUCUGCCUUGGUAUUUCAAAAGGGCUUAGGCAUUAGACUCAAACUCAACUAACUGAUGUGCUGCCAGUAACUAAAAUGUUCCCCCUCAGACUGCACAAAUGGCUUAGCCUUCUUUGUAGCAUGGUGUCUGUCUCAGGAAAACAGAUUUUGUGAAAUUCCAUGGUAACAGUCCCAACAUGUUUGAGAUUUCGGCUAAAAGACUGGAUGCAUUUCAGUUCAUAGUCCUCAGCAUUUCACUGUAUUUCUGUAAUCCUGGACUCCAAGCUACGCCAGGUUACUGACAGGCGUUGCGGCAGAGGAGCUGCUUGUUAUACUCUGGAAAAGCCACACGUCCUGUUGACUCUUCAGGGGACAAAAGAAAGAGAAUUUGGAAGCAAGAAUUGGUUGGAGAGAAAACUGGGGAAAGCAAGCAUUUCCAACAGAUUAGUGGGAAAUUCUUUCUGAAGAAACCAGUGUUGGCGCCUUAAGAUAGUGAAAGAGGCCCAUCCCGCUAAGCUGGGGACUUUUUUCUUUUGAAGACUUGCCUCAUUUUCCCUGUGACUAACAGAUUUUCUGAAUGAUUUCCAUUCUUCUGAGGUCAGUUUUCUAAGUGUGGUGACCACUCACAAAUGCUACUUUCACUGUAGCAUUCUGGGCCUAGCUGGGGCACACCAGAGUGCAGAGAAAAUUUGUAUAUGCAAACUCCACGUUUGUAAACCAUCAAGUUGAACCAGGUAGUAUGUAGUGGCUAUCACCACAUUGGUAAACAUGUCCUUCUGUAGGCACCGCUUUUAUCAAUAAAUGCCCUUUCCCCGUGCUGGGGGUGGGGGAGAGGGUGAAGGACAAUCUUAGCACGGUCGCUUAGAGAAAAGGGCAGAGUCAGGAUUCACAUCCAACCACAUUGGACAGUGAGGUCCUGCAGCAGCUUUAGACAGUACCUUUCCUUUCUCAGAGUCCCUCUGACAUGCGCCCUGUAGAUCUGAGCUGUCCAUCACUUCCCACCACACACCCAGGGGGCCACAAUCCAGGGAACAACCAACCCCACGAAAAGUUCCCUUGCAGCCAAGGUGACAGAAUUGGGAUGAGGGGGGAAGGGAAGGGAACUAGCUCUCCAGAUGUUCCUCAUCACCCCUGUUGAAUUGUUGCAUAGGUACUUCCUACUGGCAAGAACCAAACAGAAGUGUCUCCCCCAUUAUCUUCCACCACCACUACCCGGGGAAAAAAAGAUAUAGAUAAAUCCACCAGCCUUUAGAUUCCUUAAGUCAUUCUCCCUAAAAGAUACUUGCCUUGACACAGAUAAGCUAACUAAUCUUUUGCCUUAUUACUGACUCUGAGCUGUUCCUGACUCAGCUUCUGACUUUGUCAGUGACAGCAUUUCUCACCUUUUAAAUGCAGUGCUUAACAUUUUGCUAGGCCCAUAUUCACAGUGGCCCAGAUAUAAAGUGACCUCAGAUUUCUUUUGCAAAGAAAAAAAGCACAAAAUUUUGCUUAGUUGAAACACUGUGUUAUGAACAAAUCUCACACCAACAUAAAGUUUUUCCAAGUAGUCUCUGUAUCACUGUUCUUACUCUCCUCCUCUGCUUUUUCCCCUCUGCCAAAUGUGAGGUUUAGCAUGUUUUAAAGGAAAAAGCCCAACACAGGCAGUAAGAUCGUAAUGGAAAUAUUAAAUGGUUAGUGUCCUAACUUUAAAGUGUACCCCACAGAUAACAGAUCCAUUGGUCUCUAGUGGAGAUCUAGAAACUCCAGACCACUCAAGAUUUGAACCUUCAGAGACAGCCAAGCUCUUUCACAAAGACUUGGAAUUGAGAUUUAAGAGCUCAAGACAAGAAAGUGGAGUGAAGGGGGUGCCUGGGUGGCUCAGUGGGUUAAAACCUCUGCCUUUGGCUCAGGUCGUGAUCCCAGGUCCUGGGAUCGAGUCCUGCAUUGGGCUCUCUGCUCAGCAGGGAAGCCUGCUUCCCUUCCUCUCUCUCUGCCUGCCUCUCUGCCUACUUGUGAUCUCUGUCUGUCAAAUAAAUAAAUAAAUAUCUUAAGAAAUAAAAAAUAAAAAGAAAGUGGAGCGAAGUAAAUUUUGACCUAGAAAAUACCAUCAGGCUUUGCAGAGGAAGAUAAGAGAUACACAAUGAUGUCUCUUCUCUUUUAAAGAGUUGGGAGCUAUUUUUAUGCUCAGAGAGUAUAGAUCAGAGAACCUCUCUCUAUAGGCAGAGUUCAGAAAAACAAUGGAUUUGGGACUUAAGUGCCUGUAAAGAAGACAAUUUUGGCCUGAAACCAAAGGCUAGACCUGGGCCACCCUAGGAAAAGGAUUCUGUUCUCUAAAGCUGAAGGACUGAACGGUUCUGCGAAUGAUCAGCGAAGCCAGGGCUGGACACCGCUGUCUCUAAGGACGGUGGACUCAGAAGAGCUCAAGAGAAGUGUAGGCUUUAGACUUUUGUGAGCUCAGAACACAAGACUGUAGCUCCAUUCACCCAAGCUGUAGAUAGUGUGUACCCCACCGUGCCGUCAACAUGAUAACCAGGUCUUUGCACUUUGAAAAAGCUGAAUGCAAGUUUCCUCUGAAUAUUACAAGACUGGACUAUCGUAUACAUUGAUGCUGAUUGAGCUGACAUUUGAAAACGGAAUGUUAAUGUUUUGAUUUAAAAAUGUAAGGAUGUAGUAUCUACCUCCCGAGGAUGUUAUGAGCUCUUAUGUAGUUUUGUCUAGGGGAUGGUGUUACUGGGCGGGGGCUGUUUGGGAUGGUUACAGGUUUUCUACUGUAUGUACUGUAUGUGAAUUUAAAGAGAUGGAGAUAUUCAAAGGCCAUACUAGGACCAUGAUUCAGUAAUUCAGUAGCCAGUGGAGGCCUUUAAUCUCUAACACAGAGUUUCCUUCAUGUUAUUUUAAUGUGUAAGAGUAAAGAAUAUGCUGACAAUUAGAACCAAUAUAAGUGAACUUCAUGCUAAAGAUACUUCAUGACAUUGUAGCCAGGGAAGUAGAAUGGCUUUGCUCCCUCCCUGUCUCAUGAGCUCUCGACUAUCGACUCCCCGAGUAACUUAGAGUUUCCUCAAAUGGUCCUCACUGUCCAUCUCCCUGUUGACCCUACUCUAGAAAGCCUGGAGAGCAUCCCAAAACGUCACCCACCUCCUCUCAAGAGCCUGUGGGACCUAGCUUCUGAAGUUACUUUGCUUCUUCCUCUCCUAAAAAGACUGAGAACAGACAUUUUAACACUUUAGGAAAAUGGGGCAGCAUUAAAAAUGAUCCCAUUGCCAGUGACUCAUUUAUACAAGGACUUUUCCAGGUUAGCAAACAAAAACCCUUUUUGGUGGGCCUGCUUCUGUGGGUUCACAGAAACCAAAUUACUGUGGGUUGCAAAGAAUUAGCAGGUCAUUUGAAAAGCAGACAUCUCUUCACCCAGACUGUGGUUUUGCAUGUUCAGGUUCUCAGUCUAUGAGCUUUGGUGAGGGAUCAUUUUGGCUACUGGAAAAACCAUAGGUUAUUUUUAAUUUCUGGUUGCCAAAGCCACCACACGUGUGGUCUGUGGAUGACCCUUGUCUGCAGAAUGAUGGGGGAAGAAGGGAACCUGGUUUGGGGGUUCAAAGGGGCUCAGGGUGGCCUUCCCCCAGGGAGGAAGGGAGGGAGGCCUUGCCGAGUGGUUUUGACACGGCCUGUGCUCAUAACAUUCUCAUCUGGGUUUCUCAGAAAUGCCCUCCCUGCCCAGCAGUGACCUUCCCUCUUAACUCCUCUUGAGUUUUACCCAGAGUCCAACCAUUGGGGAGCACUAUAAGGUGUCCUACUCCUCUGUAAAGACUGUUUAAAGAAAGUCAGCUUCUGAAAUGUAGCAAUGCUAACCUUGCCAGAACCAUAAUGAGUGCAUCAUCACAUUAAAAAAAAAAAAAAAAAAAAAAAAAAAAAAAAAAAACCUGCUGAUAGAUUUCAAGGUUUCUGUAUCAUGUUUGAUUUUUAUACUGAGAAAUAAAAAAUACUGGUGUGUUUAAAAUUA